UCCAUCAGUCCGCCAUCUCCGCCCUCCAACCACUAACCCUCCCUCUCUUCUUCCAAGGGGUUUCUCCCUUGAGAAAUCUUCCUUGUCCAGAGCCUUGCCUCUCUCUUUUAUGACUGAGAAGGUUUCGCUGGAGUGGUCCUCGUUACAAAUCCCCUUAAGAUUCCCUCCUCUUAAUUGAAGAUCGUAUCUCCUGCAGUCGUAGCGGACGUCAAUUAGCGGGCUCAACUUUUUAAAGGGUAAUAUUUCUUUUCUUUCUACAAGGUUGAUCUCCCUUCGUCACAUUCAUCCCUAGCCAUUUCUACGCAAUACUCUCGCCUUUCCCGUGCGCGUUGUUUUGACCUUUUCCUUACAGAGUCAAAGCCGGGAUACCACUAAAGAUAUUGCCAAAAUGACAACUAUGGACCUACGCGUUGGAAACAAGUAUCGCAUCGGUCGAAAGAUCGGUAGUGGUAGUUUCGGUGACAUCUACCUUGGUACGAACAUUAUCUCGGGUGAAGAGAUCGCCAUUAAACUUGAGAGUGUUAAGGCGAAACAUCCACAGCUCGAAUAUGAAGCUCGUGUCUACAAAUCGCUAGCGGGGGGUGUCGGUAUCCCCUUUGUCCGUUGGUUUGGCACUGAAUGUGACUAUAAUGCCAUGGUCAUCGAUCUCCUUGGGCCCAGUUUGGAAGACUUGUUCAACUUUUGCAACCGGAAGUUCUCGCUCAAGACUGUGCUUCUAUUGGCAGAUCAACUUAUCUCCCGCAUCGAGUACAUUCACGCCAAAUCGUUUAUCCACCGUGACAUUAAACCCGACAAUUUCCUUAUGGGCAUUGGAAAACGUGGAAACCAAGUCAACGUGAUCGAUUUUGGUCUCGCGAAGAAAUAUCGUGACCCAAAGACCCACUUCCAUAUUCCCUACCGUGAAAACAAAAAUUUAACUGGUACGGCUCGUUAUGCCAGUAUCAACACCCAUCUUGGUGUCGAGCAAUCUAGACGUGACGAUAUGGAAUCUCUUGGUUACGUCAUGCUUUAUUUCUGCCGUGGAUCCCUCCCUUGGCAAGGCCUCAAGGCUGCUACUAAAAAACAAAAAUACGACCGCAUUAUGGAAAAGAAGAUGACCACUCCGACCGAAGUUCUUUGCCGUGGCUUCCCCAAUGAAUUCGCUGUGUACUUAAACUACACCCGUUCUCUUCGCUUCGACGACAAGCCUGACUACUCUUACCUUCGUAAGAUCUUCCGUGACCUCUUUGUGCGUGAAUCAUUCCAGUACGACUAUGUCUUCGAUUGGACUGUCUACAAGUACCAAAAGAAUGCCCAGGCUAUUGCCCAAGCGAGCGGAAAUGCAGGGAACAAUGCCCAGGAGGAAGAUGAUAAACCUCGUGGUCAAGUCAGCACUGGUGGCGCUCCCGCAGGCGUCCCGGGGGGAUCACUCAAACCUGUUCCUCUCGGCAGCCAUCGGCGUAAGCUGGUGGAACGUACUGCGGGUGAAUCCCAUGACACCAACCGCGCCGUCGGAAGUGAUAGGAUGCUUCGUUCUGCUUCAAGAGGUGUUCAUAUGGGCCCUGGCUACCCUGUUCAUCGCUUGAAGCGGGACGAUAUCACUGGUGAAUGGUACUGAAUUCGAUAUGAUGAUGAUGCGAUGUCUUGCGAGUCAAUUGUUUUCAUUUUGCUCAUUCUAAAUUGCCGCCCCUUUUUUCAUAUCGACAUCAAGGAGCGUUGUGCAAGUUGAAUGUGGCACUGCCAACGUGUUCUUUUCCACAGGACAUCUGAGGCUCAACCUGUUCUGAAAUCUCUUCUCCAUCCCCUAUGGUUUAGCAGCCCGCUCGAUUUUAUUCCGCCUAUGGCCAUGUCGGCUACGGAUUUUAUAAUUUUCAUCGACGCGUUUUUGCUCGGGCCCAACUUCCCAAAUUUCGGAUGAAUUGCGUCAGCUUGUCGUUAUUCCAUACAUCAAAAGAUUUCCGAUAUUCGAAAUGUGCCCUGAUUUAUGGGAUAGUUGGUGCAGGUUUCAGAACACUUGUACUAACUUUGGUGGCUGCCACUGGACAAGCUGUUGGGCUGCACUUGUCCUGGAAUUGCCUGAUUAUCAUGGCAGAAUGUUGAUGGACUGUGGAUGAGGAAUUCCUAGCGCAAUAUUGCUUUGUUUGCAAAGUUGUGACUGGUUUUGUUCCAUCACUCAUUUGCCUUCCUAGAUUGUCACUGUUCUCAUCUGUUAUUCCCUUAUUCCCACAUGCACUUGGUUGUUUCAACUCUAUUGCUCUUUAUUUUGCAAGGAAAUAUAUGCAGGGGAUGAGGUGCAGAUAUUAAUUUCAGUCAGAGCAGGGCCUUGGGUUGUUUAUUGAUGGCGAGGAUGUGCUGGUUACCUCUCUGUGUUACAGGCAUAUUUUCAGGCCACAGCCACGAUACUCUCAAACUCAUGUCUCUGUUCAGCUGUGGGGUCCGGUGAUGGAUAUGGCUAGGGCCGCUUCUGGGGUGGUUGACAUUUUUCCUUGCAUGUUUCCUUUUGUUACUGCUUUUUGUCAAGUUGACUUAUCAGCACACGUCAUUUGUAAAAGCCUUAUGUGCAUUUCCACCUUCUCUCACAUAUUGGCCUGUCGAGCUAAUUGCUGGGGUUGAACGAGGACAUUUUUGGCUAGGAGUGCAUGCAUGGGGAUGUGUAUGCGCUUGGGGAUGACAUGAGAGCCUACCCAAAAAAAAAAAAAAAAAAAAAAGAAAAA